UGGCUGGACCGCGCGUUAAGCCCGCCCGCGCGAGGAGGGUUUGGUUGAGCAGCUGUUUGUGUGCUCGGCGCUGGGGGGCCGCGACGGGCAGGCCGGAGCCGCCGCAGGACAGCUGAGCACAUCAAACGCUUCUACUCCAUCCUGAGUCCCUGCGCCUGCAAGAACUGGUCAGUGCCCUUACGGUUCUCUGGUUAGCGGGGUGCCCAGUGCUAGCAGGACCCAGGCCAUGACCAGCAGAGGAGCCGCCAGGCCGAAUGGUCAGUCCCAAGCUAGUAAAAUCUGUCAGUUCAAGCUUGUGCUGCUGGGCGAGUCGGCGGUGGGGAAAUCCAGCCUGGUGCUGCGCUUCGUCAAGGGCCAGUUCCACGAAUACCAGGAGAGCACCAUUGGGGCGGCAUUUCUUACACAGUCUGUCUGCCUGGAUGACACAACAGUAAAGUUUGAGAUCUGGGAUACGGCUGGCCAGGAAAGAUAUCACAGUCUGGCCCCGAUGUAUUACCGGGGGGCACAAGCUGCCAUUGUGGUCUAUGAUAUCACCAACCAGGAAACAUUUGCACGGGCAAAGACAUGGGUGAAAGAGCUGCAAAGACAAGCCAGCCCCAGCAUCGUGAUUGCCCUAGCAGGCAACAAGGCUGAUCUGGCCAGCAAACGUAUGGUGGAAUAUGAAGAGGCACAGGCCUAUGCAGAUGACAACAGCCUAUUGUUCAUGGAGACGUCGGCCAAGACAGCAAUGAAUGUGAACGACCUCUUCUUGGCCAUUGCUAAGAAGCUGCCAAAGAGCGAGCCCCAGAGCACGAGCGGAGCGGCAGGGAGAAACAGAGGCGUGGACCUGCACGAGCAAACUCAGCAGAACAAGAGCCAGUGUUGUAGCAACUAAAGGGUGGCGUUAGCCAGAUGCCAGCGUGAGAGGAAGAGCUAAGAUAUAACCUCCAUUCCCCCCGUCCACCACACCUCACCUCCAUAACGGCACACUGAGAAACCCGUCUGAACCAAAACCCUCCCGAGAGCUCCGUCUAACUGCACUUUUUAAUGCUUCAAAACCACCACCAGACACCUGUUACCACCAUCCUGAUGACAGUGGAACUAGAUCAGCCGGGGACUUAACUUCCAAAAACAAACUCUUCUUCACUUUGUAUUAUAGGUGCAAAUAGCUACCUAAUUCUGGUUUCUCCCUUGAUCUUUCUCCCUGUCCCACCUCCCUCUUUGCUUUGGUAAAUCUGUGUUCUCAGUCUUGUAACAUCUCUCCUAUCCUCCCCUUAGAGCUGGGGCGAGGAGAGACUCAAGGAGAUGGCAACAUCAUCCUUAGGUGUUCACUUUAUGAUGAACAAGUUGGAACCAGAGACUUCCAGAAAACGUGGGUUUUUUUUCUGAGGGGGUUUGUCAUGGAUUUAUUUUUAAUCUUUUUCUCCUGUUCCUUUUGUUUGGCUGUUCAGGGGGGAAAAGCUGCAGUGUCCUUAAUUUCUUCCUAGGUGGCCUUUUUUUGCCGAAGGAUCGGAAGUGCCUGGGAACUUUUUAUGGGGGGAGGGGGGGAAGCAGGGAAGACUACUGUAACCAGAAAGUCUGACCCUGAGCACUGAUUGCUACGAAGCUAACACAGAUAACCCGUCAGCACUGCUACACCGUUGUGAAUAGAGUCGUUGCAUGUUAUUGCUAUGAACAUGACAUGAGCAAUAUCCCUCCGGUGAUCCCGCUGCAGCCGUGCCCUGCCGGCCCCUCCGCCGUGCUGCCCGCAGCAGCCAGGGCGCGGGCGGCUGCCCCGGCGCUGCCGCGGUCUCGCUUGCAGUAACGAACCCGUCGGUCUCUUCUCUUGCUCUUUGGUUUGUCCAUUCCCUCCUUCAGACUAGCAGCAGCUGCAUGAACUGUCCUGGUUUGCACUUUAGUCGUGGAAAUGUCCAGUUAAGAUGCACCUUGUUCUGUUUUUUCUCUUGGUCCUGUUCAGUCUGAGCUCUCCGGAGGCUUGGGAGCAGCAGAGGGAGAAGGAGUCAUAGUGCUGCUUUUUGUGCUUUCCCGAAGGAGCUUUCUUGGCUAGAGAAGUGGUUGUGGCACCUCUGUGCGUCGGUCUGGGUACCGGAGAGCUGGAUGUUACCAGGUGGCAUCCAUCAGUCCCGUGGCGAGAAGGAAAGGGUCGCGCUGGGGGCGGCUCCUCUCCCCGGGGAGAGGCCGGUUGCGUGCGCUGGCAGUGCUGGGAUAAGUGGCGGAAGGCCUCCUGUUUUCCGAGCACGUCGGCUCAGCGCGAGCCCGCUCCAGUGCGGCGCGGGGGUCCCGGCAGGGCUGGGGGCCGAGCCGGUGCGGCGCUCCCGGCAGCGAGGCCUCUCCGCGGGCUGGCAUCGCGCAGGUCUGCGUCGGAGCAGGGUUGCACGGCCGCGAGGCUAAUUGCACCCACAAGGUUAAUUGCACAUAAUUCUCUAGUCUAACGCGCUGCGCGGCGGGCACCCAGGCCGACGGCGUUUCCACCAGCAGCGGGUCUGUAGAGGGCAGCACAGCCUGGCUCUUGGGUCCCUUCUCGGGGCCGGAUCCUGCGGCUCUUCCUGGUCCGCCUGGUCCCUGCGGGGCUCGGUUAGACGUGGACACCCACAGGAAGGGGGGGGACCUGCUUGCAGGGCAGGAGCCGCCGGGCUCUGGGGUCCCCUGGGCCGCGGGGGCAGCGCGGACGCGAGCCGGGCGCCCCGCCGGGAGCUGCUCGCUGCACAAACGCCCGCUGGGCACCGUGGCGCGCGGUGCACCCUUGGGCCCUUCUUGACGGUUUUGUGGAGCAGAGGGACUGGCCUUGCGCGAAGCUGCCCGGAGCAGGGACGGAGCUCGUAGGCAGAGCGUGCCCUGCCCCGCUCCCGGAGGGUCGGCGGUGCUGAGCAGCUUCCCUGGCCGAGGAUUAGCCCCCCACCUGCGGCACGGGAAGCCUAGAAGGGAAGAUCUCGCUUUGCUCGCGGCUCCGGGUCGAGGAGAUGCGUCCGUGCAGCUUGGCCGAUGCCCGGAGGCUCGAGCCGCCGGGCUGAGCGAUUGCAAAGCCCCGAGGCGGCCUCGGCUUAGCGGCGGGGGCCGCGGCGGGGGCCGGGGCCCUGGUGGUCGCCGCUUGCCCCCAGAGAGGGUGAGCGGCUGGGAGAGCGGCCGUUGCCUUACGCCGGCUCUCGCGGGCUCGUCCCGCGGAGCUGCGGUGCCCCAGAGCACCCAACCCGCGGCCGCGCAGGGCUCCAGCCCACAUCCAACCUCCGCGCGUGGCCCCAACUCUCGCGUGGAGACUUCUGGCUAAAACCCUGGACCAAAUGGGGACACUGCAGCUUUUAAAAAUCGUCUUUCUUUUUCUUUUUUUUUUUUUCUCUCUGCUUAAUCUCUGAUCUUUUCUUUGAGAAAGCUCCUACAUUGCAUUUAAAUAACAAUCAUGGUAACAGAAUUCAACUGCUGAUUUACCAAUGUAUUUAAUGUAAGUAUAUAUUAAAAAAAAAAAAGGAAGAAAAAUCAGUG